GCUCUCACAAUAAACCCAUCAAUCUCUUUCUUUCUUCGUUCUCUCUCUUUCUCUCUCCACCUACAGCCAACAACCGAGGGAGAGAAGUUUCAUCAUUUUUCCUCUAUUUUUCUGGUCAUUGUUUUGCCUUAGUUCUGUAGCUGUUUUCCGUUUCUCGCCGGAAUCCGGUGCUAUUCUCUGAGCUUAUCAUUUCGUCUACCGGAUUCCGCAGGUUGUUUUCUAUUUUUUCUUCUUCUUGUUUUCGUUCAGUUCCAGUGUUGCUUUGGCCGUAUGCAGUCGGAAUCCAGGUCGAUGAAGGUCUCUCCGUUGGAGCUUAUGUCGGCAAUAAUCAGGAAGGCGAUGGAUCCGUCGCAGGAUUCCUCCGAGUCGGUUCGGGAAGUAGCUACUCUAAUCUUGGAGAACAGAGAGUUUGUCAUGAUCUUGACUACCUCGAUUGCAGUUCUGAUCGGCUGCGUUGUGGUCCUUGUUUGGAAGAGAUCCAGCGAUCAGAAGGCUAAGUCGUUCGAGCCACCUAAGCAAUUGAUAGUCAAAAAGCCUGAGCCGGAAGUCGAUGAUGGCAAGAAGAAGGUCACUGUGUUUUUUGGCACGCAGACCGGUACAGCUGAAGGAUUUGCAAAGGCUCUUGCUGAGGAGGCGAAAGCUCGAUAUGAGAAGGCGACUUUUAGAGUGGUUGAUUUGGAUGAUUAUGCAGCCGAUGACGAUGAGUACGAAGAAAAGUUGAAAAAGGAGACUUUAGCUAUUUUCUUCUUGGCUACAUAUGGGGAUGGUGAGCCAACGGAUAAUGCGGCACGUUUCUAUAAAUGGUUCUCUGAGGGCAAGGAGAAGGGAGAAUGGAUUUCAAAUCUACAGUAUGCAGUAUUUGGCCUUGGUAACCGGCAAUAUGAACAUUUCAAUAAGAUUGCAAAAGUGGUGGACGAACAGCUUGCUGAACAGGGUGGAAAGCGUCUUGUCCCAGUGGGUCUAGGAGAUGAUGAUCAGUGUAUUGAGGAUGAUUUCUCUGCUUGGCGUGAAGCAUUAUGGCCUGAGCUGGAUAAGUUACUUCGAGAGGAGGAUGAAUUUACAACUGUUUCUACCCCGUAUACUGCUGCUGUAUUGGAGUACAGGGUUGUAUUUUAUGAUGCUGCAGAUGUAUCUGGAGGGGACAAGAAAUGGGCUUUUGCAAAUGGUCACGCUGUUUACGAUAUUCAACAUCCAUGCAGGGCUAAUGUGGCCGUGAGAAAGGAACUUCAUACUUCUGCAUCAGACAGGUCUUGCACCCAUCUGGAGUUUGAUAUUUCUGGCACUGGACUGACCUAUGAAACUGGAGAUCACGUGGGUGUUUUUUGUGAGAAUUUGGAUGAAGUUGUAGAGGAGGCAAUUCGUUUAAUUGGUCUGUCACCUGAAACGUAUUUCUCUAUCCAUACUGAUAAGGAAGAUGGCACACCAUUAAGUGGAAGUUCAUUGCCGCCACCGUUUGCACCUUGCACUUUAAGGACUGCGUUGACUCAAUAUGCAGACCUUUUGAGUUCACCAAAGAAGUCUGCCUUGGUUGCUCUAGCUGCUCAUGCUUCUGAUCCAGCUGAAGCUGAUCGACUGAGACAUCUUUCAUUACCUGCUGGAAAGGAUGAGUAUUCUCAAUGGAUAGUUGCGAGUCAGCGUAGUCUCCUCGAAGUUAUGGCUGAAUUUCCAUCUGCAAGGCCUCCGCUUGGUGUCUUUUUUGCGGCAGUUGCCCCACGUUUACAGCCGAGAUAUUACUCUAUAUCAUCUUCUCCAAGGAUGGCCCCGUCUAGAAUUCAUGUAACUUGUGCAUUGGUCUACGACAAAACACCAACAGGACGAAUUCACAAAGGUUUAUGUUCAACUUGGAUGAAGAAUGCUAUUCCACUAGAGGAGAGCCAAGCAUGCAGUUGGGCGCCAAUUUAUGUUAGGCAAUCGAACUUCAAACUUCCCACAGAUUCUAAAUUGCCGAUUAUCAUGAUUGGUCCUGGAACGGGGUUGGCUCCUUUCAGAGGGUUCUUGCAGGAAAGGUUAGCUCUGAAAGAAUCUGGUGUAGAAUUAGGACACUCCAUACUGUUCUUUGGAUGCAGGAACAGGAAAAUGGAUUACAUCUAUGAGGAUGAGCUGAACAACUUUGUUGAAACUGGCGCACUUUCUGAGCUGAUUGUUGCGUUCUCACGUGAGGGACCCUCUAAGGAAUAUGUGCAGCAUAAAAUGGUUGAAAAGGCCUCGGAUAUCUGGAAUCUAUUAUCUCAAGGGGCUUAUAUUUAUGUUUGUGGUGAUGCUAAGGGCAUGGCCAGAGACGUUCACCGAACUCUUCAUAACAUUGUGCAAGAACAGGGAUCUCUCGACAGCUCCAAGGCUGAGAGUAUGGUUAAAAAUCUUCAAAUGACUGGCAGGUAUCUCCGUGAUGUGUGGUAAAAAGGUUUUCAUUCCAUAUCGAAGGGGGGGCAUUAAGGUCAGCUAGCUGUAAGCUCAGCUCAUUAUUAUGGCAGAUAGGUCUGUGAUUCUUUUUUUUCUUUUUUUCUUUUUUUCUUUUGUUUCUUUCUUUUCCACUCUUCUCUCCUUUUACAGAAGGAUUCUUUGUUGUAAUUUAUAAACCUAAUAAGUAUGAUGAGUAGGAAUAGUUCAUGAACUCCUGAUUUUCCCUGUAAGAGCCAACAAAGAUGGUUCGAACGUCACACGUCUCUGUAAUUGUCACCUUAUUAUAUAUACAUACAUUAGGGUCAAAUUUGGUUUUCAUAAAUCUAUGUGUUUCAAUUGGACUC